UUGGAACCCUGCUAAUUUUAACCGUCGGUUAAUCUAACCGAGCUUGGUGAAAUUGGCCCUAAGUCGAUAAUCGUAGAUUACACAUCUUUACACGCUGUCUAGAUUGUGGCCGUAUUCCUUUGUCGAAUCAUCGUUGUCAGGUCGGGUGAAUCUCUUUUCGUUCUCGCUUUUGUUCCACGUGGUACGGCAAUCCUUCGAUCCCGUCGAAUUUACGCGUUGCGUAGAGAUCGGGAACAUCAUCCGGACAUCGUCUACGUAGGUAGAGAAGUGCGCGCGCGCGGCUCCGCGCCGGCCAAUCACGCGCGAGGGAAUCGUUAGAAGUUUCCGUUGCGUGCGCGUUUGAACGAUCUAGUGCACAUUUGUCAUCUGCGAGGAACCACUCCCGAUUCUCGCUGUUAUUAUCCGCGUUUUUCCUCCCGCGAUUCUGAGUUAGAGCAAACAAAGCAACAUGGCUGUUAACGUCUAUGCCACGAAUAUGACAUCCGACAAUCUCAGUCGUCACGAUAUGUUGGCAUGGGUAAACGACUGUCUCCAAUCCUCGUUCACCAAAAUCGAAGAGUUGUGCACCGGUGCUGUUUACUGUCAAUUCAUGGACAUGCUCUUUCCGGGCAGUGUACCUUUGAAGAGAGUCAAAUUCAAAACCAAUCUGGAGCACGAAUACAUACAGAAUUUCAAAAUUCUUCAAGGUGGCUUCAAAAAGAUGAAUGUGGAUAAGGUAAUACCAGUGGACAAGCUGAUAAAAGGGCGCUUUCAAGAUAACUUUGAGUUUCUACAGUGGUUCAAAAAGUUUUUCGAUGCGAAUUACGACGGUCGUGAAUACGACGCUUAUGAGGCGCGCGGCUGCAUACCGUUAGGUUCCGGCGUGGACGGAACGCACAAUUUGUCGAAUCCCCAGUUGGUACCUUUGCCACCGCAAUCGAAGCCGCCGCAAAUGCAACAAAAACACAUACAGCAACGUAACAGCAUUGUGCCAAUUGAUAGGCUGGUGAAAGGCAGAUUCCAAGACAACUUUGAGUUUUUGCAAUGGUUCAAGAAGUUCUUUGAUGCAAACUACUCGGGAGCAGAGUACGAUGCGCUUACUAUGCGAGGCGGAGAGCCUAUGGGUAGCGGCGGAAAUAAUGCACCUCGUGGUGGUUCUAAUGUGAAACGUACUUCUCCACGUGACACAGUAAAUUUGGCUAAGCCUGCUCCUCGUACUACUGGUGAGGGACAUCCAUCUUCCGUGCGUCCAGAUAGUACAAACGUUUUAGUAAAUAAAGUUACACCACCAUACCGUGCGCAACCCAAAAACACAGUGGUCGGUAAUCGUGGUGAUACUGGAAAGGUUGAAGAACUUAGUGCACAGUUGGUCGAAUUGAAGAUGUCAGUUGAAGGCCUGGAAAAGGAGAGAGAUUUCUAUUUUGGAAAAUUGCGUGAUAUUGAAGUCAUGUGUCAAGAUUGCGACAAUGGCGGUGAUCCUCCACCUAUUGUACAGAAAAUUUUAGAUGUCCUUUACGCAACGGAGGACGGUUUUGCGCCACCUGAGGAAUUGGAAGGGGACGGGCUUGUGCCCGAUGAUGAGGAGGAAUAUUAACCUUUUUUUAUUUACGGUUGUAUAAUCGAAAUGAAUAACAGCAAAUUAUCCAAGUGCGUUUCGGUUUAUUAUGCCUGCGAACCAAUAUGAGAGUAUCCCUUGCAUAAUUACUAAGCUACUUUACAUCAGCAAACUCAGCAGUUUUUACGGAUUGUGUGUGUGCAUUUUUUUCAUUAAUAAAUAAAAUUCACCGAAAUCAUUAAGAUUUGCACGACAUUAGGAUAAACAUAAGUCGAGUAGUGCACUUGAAUAACUUGUUCUGACUGUUGAGAGGAUAAGAGAAACAUGAGAGGAGAAGAUAAUUAGAGGAAGAAAAUCAAUUAAUAAUCUUUCACAAAUUAUUACAUUUCCUUCUAGCGUUACAAUGUGGUAGAAUUCCGAACAUCUAUGACAAAUUCCCACAAAUUUAUGGGGAUAUCGAUAUCUAUUAAUGUUAUCUGCAUCUGUAUUGUUAUGUAGCGACUUAUGUUAAUUACAUUUUUUUUUUUAAAUGCGUGUUUUGUUUGUAAAUGUAUUAAGUUUGUAUCGAGAUAACGAGUCGCGCGAAGCUCUUCACCCAUCCCUAUAGUUUAUCUUUUGAAAUCUAUUUGUAG